ACCUCCCGUCAUUCCCCCCCACAACACUUUGAGCCUCUUUGGAGAACUCAGCAGAAUGGCCGAUGGAGAUGACGACGACGAGCAAGGGGAUGAGAACAAGGCAAGGGGAAACUGGUCCAAUAAACUGGAUUUUAUUCUUUCCAUGGUUGGCUAUGCUGUAGGACUGGGGAACGUGUGGAGGUUUCCUUAUCUUGCCUUCCAGAACGGUGGAGGUGCAUUUUUGAUCCCUUACCUGACAAUGUUGGGGAUCGCCGGCAUCCCCAUCUUUUUACUGGAAGUGUCACUGGGCCAGUUUGCCAGCCAGGGUCCCGUGUCGGUGUGGAAGUGCAUCCCAGCACUACAAGGUUGCGGGAUUGCCAUGUUGAUAAUAUCUGUCUUGAUAGCCAUAUACUAUAAUAUUAUUAUGUGCUGGACACUGUACUACCUGUUCGCUUCGUUGAAGGGCUCACUGCCAUGGGCUAACUGUAGGAAUGCGUGGAACACGGUGGAUUGUAAGGACAAAGACAUGCUGCUCUUAGACUCCUGCAUCGUGCGGGGGGAGAACUUUACAUCAAUCAAGAACUCCUCUUUUUGUUUGUCUGCCAACACUGUUGGAAAUCUGACCAAACUAUUAAACAUGUCCUUGGAAAGUGGAAAGACCUAUGUCAGCCCCAGUGAGGAGUACUUCAAGUACAAUGUCCUGCACAUCUCCAAAGGCAUUGAAUAUCCGGGAGACAUUCGUUGGCCUCUGGCAGGCUGUUUGUUUCUGGCCUGGCUCAUUGUCUACGCCUCUUUGGCCAAAGGAAUCAAGACAUCAGGAAAGGUGGUGUAUUUCACAGCUACUUUUCCCUAUGUGGUGCUGGUGAUCCUGCUGAUAAGAGGCGUGACACUCCCAGGGGCCUCUGAUGGUAUCCUCUACUUUAUUACACCAAAGUGGGAGAAACUCAUGGAUGGAAAGGUGUGGAAAGAUGCAGCCACUCAAAUCUUUUUCUCUCUGUCUGCUGCUUGGGGGGGCCUGAUCACACUCUCUUCCUACAAUAAGUUUCACAACAACUGCUACAGGGACACCAUAAUAGUCACAUGCACAAACAGUGCCACCAGUAUAUUUGCCGGAUUUGUCAUUUUUUCUGUCAUUGGUUUCAUGGCACAUGAACUGGAGGUGCCUAUUGAUAAGGUGGCAGAUGAAGGUCCAGGCAUAGCGUUUGUCGUGUAUCCAGAGGCUCUGACCAGACUUCCACUGUCUCCAUUCUGGGCUAUCAUCUUCUUUCUCAUGCUCCUGACUCUCGGCUUGGAUACCAUGUUUGCAACCAUUGAGACCAUUGUGACCUCUGUGUCAGACGAGUUCCCCAAAUACUUAAGGAAACACAAACCAAUUUUCACCUUGGUCUGCUGCGUCUCCUUUUUCAUCCUGGGAUUUCCUAUGAUCACAGAGAACGGCAUGUACAUGCUGCAGUUGGUGGACACUUAUGCAGCCUCCUAUUCAUUGGUCAUCAUUGCCAUUUUUGAGCUUGUGGGGAUUUCUUAUCUCUAUGGACUGCGAAGGUUCUGCGAGGAUAUUGAAAUGAUGAUUGGUUUUCAACCCAAUAUCUUCUGGAGGGUUUGCUGGGCCUUUGUGACACCAACCAUUUUGACGGGCAUCUUGAUUCUGAGUCUUUCUCAGUGGAGUGUGAUGACAUACGAGGACUACACCUACCCCACCUGGUCGAUGGUGCUGGGAUGGCUCAUGGUUAUCUGUUCUGUCAUCUGGAUCCCCAUCAUGUUUGUAAUCAAGAUGUACCUCGCCCCUGGUAGCAUAAUUGAGCGCCUGAAGCUGGUGUGCUCACCUCAGCCAGAUUGGGGUCCCUUCCUGAUGAAACACCGUGGAGAUCGCUACAAGAACAUGAUAGACCCACUGGGAACCAGCUCCCUCGGCCUCAAGCUACCCCGUACGGACUUUCAGCUCGGUUCCUUUUAGUGUCACCAGCCCCAGGAUAACCCUAACCUUAGGCAUGGGUGCAAAGGAACCCUUUUCUUUUUCACCUUUCCUCUGCCUCUUUUGUUCCAAUUUGUGCUUCAUAGCCUUGUCCGUUGUCUCCCUCCUUCUAGAGUGAAUUUGGGAAUAGUCACCUUGUUGCUUCCAUCUUCCUCUUUACUACUCACUCUUCUGUCAGGGAGGAGUUGCUACCCAGGUGGAAUCAUCUUCACUGCUGCUGCACAGUUGAUGGUUUAUCAUUGAUUCAUACUCAUGACUUAUUGAUUCAUCUACAACCUUUGUGAGGACUCUGAUUCCUUGUGACUAGUUAUCACAAAUGGACAGAGCUGCAAUACCUAGCUGCUCACUAAGCGUUGUGUGUGUGUGCAUUUGUGUGUGCGCACGCAGCCAUAUUUGUGUAAAAAAUAAAUAACGCAUCGUCUCAGCACAAGCAGAUGCCGGAAAAUAAACCCGCGUGACAAGAGACAAUGGUUCAAAAAGCUUGGCUAGGAUCUGUGGUUGGUCCAUCCCUACGCACAGAAAUAUACUGUAUCAGCAGUAGAAAUAUUACGACUGUCUCAAUGUUUUAAAAAAGAAAACAGUAAGCAGUUAUUUUAAUUUUAUUUUUUUCCCAGCGGUGUGUAUUCAUAGCCGCCACUGCUUUGCUGCUGUUGCUAUAGCAAGUAGGUAUAGGAAAUGGAGAUGAGGAAAUCAGGAAUUUGUGCCUCCUUGGUCCGUGUAGAGCAGUAAAUGCAUUGUGAUUACCACUUCCAUUAGAUACUUUGGCCUUGGAUGACUCCGCAAUCACAGAUACUUGGGUCGAUAUUUGUCUCCGAGCCCCAGGGACUACUCUUUUAUCCUCAAUUAUCUUGUAUUUCUCUGAUCUCUAUAUUAUGUAAGUCAUGCCAAUUUGCCCUUUAGUUAACUACAAAGAAGCCAUUUAACCUUUAUACAGCUCUAAAACUCAGCCUGAUAGUCACUCUGUGCAUCUAUUUUAGGCAAUGUAUUUAUUGCAGUAGGCUAUUGUAUGUACUGUGGAUUUAAUACCCAUUUGUGAAAAUAUCAAAGUGUGUGCCACAUUAAUAGGCUUCCUCACAGAAUAAGACAAUAUAUACAAAAAAAAGAUGCAUAUACAAGAACAUAGCUGUAGUUUUCAGCAGAAGAGAGAUUUAGCACGACAGGUUGAAUGUGUGUGCGUGUUGUCUUUGUAUACUGUAUGUACAAAAAUGUAAGUUUUGUAUGUGUUGUCACGUCCCACAACGCUUGGAGCAGCUUUUAUUUAUGAGUAGAUAGGCCGGAAAAACGCAUCGCAUUUCCUGGAUGUGUUAAUGUCUGUUGUUUGAGGUAGCUCUGGAGACCUCUUUGCCAUUUCAGACAAAUGCCUUUUGCUUGUCUGUAUUUCCUCUUGAAAACAGGGUCUCAGGUAUUCACUAUUCCAUCAAAUGACUCUGCUAGUUUGAGGAAUGAAGGCAAUUGGUGCAUAGGAGGGGAAAGGAUACGCUAAGUGGAACACUUUCAUGGAAGUGUUUUUGACAGACAACUCAAUCAAAAACAUUUAUGCCACAGCAUGUGUAUCACUGUUGACGAGGCAUUCUAUGUACAUAUCCAGUCUGGUUGCUAAGUGCGUUUGAGCCACUGGCAAAUUACUGCAAGUAGGCUUGCUUCACUUUUCUCAGCACAGUCAUAAGCUGUGACGAUUUUCUGUAAAUGUUACAUACGUAAUUGUUGCUGUUUGACCUAUCAACGGUUCCAGCAAAGCCAAUAUCAAAACACUACAAAUCCAGCAGAAACAUGCUGUAUUUGUUGUGUUUUGGUACUGGUCUUGCUCGUACAGAAACCAGAAACUAUGCUGGAUUUCUUAGCAGGAUGGCUCAAUUUGCAGUCUUUUUAAAAACAACAUGAUAUAAUGUAUUCUAAAGCAUAGGCUACCAAUCACCCUAAAAACAAAAUUCAGAGGCUGCUAGUCAUCGGGGCUAAAAACAACUGGACAAGUGUAAUGUGGUUCAGCUGAAGUUUUUGGAGUGGUGAGUGGGUAUCACUGGAAAGCAAUAACAGUCGCCAAGAGAAAGGAGAGUGGCCCUGAUUCUUUUAAAGCCAUGCCUACCACACGAACUGAGAACAGCUUUUAUUAAGUUUGUGAAACCGAAACAAUGCACACAUAAAGUCACACAUGAAUCCUUUUGGCAAAGAGCUUGCUUACUCCAGAAUUUUGCUUUUUUUUUUGAGUGCUUGUGUGUAUUUGGGCUUGAGUCAUUCAAACGUGAUGUGUGUAUGCCCGUGAGUGUUUUCCUUAGUGUUGGUUUUUACUGUAGUUGAGUAAUAAUCAUGUUUGCAGGGCUGUUCAAGGAGAGCUAAGAUGUGCAGGAGUACACAACAUCUCCUUUCCCAAAAAUGCUGGAAGGCCUAAAGUUCGCAACAGAGUAAAAAAAAAAAAAACGUUGAAAUACUGUAUGUCUAACCACAAAGUUGAACAAGGGAUGCGGUGGAUUUUGCUCUCUGCAGACUAAGAAGCCUCUGUGUGCCCUCAAAUGUAUCAUAAUGGGUUAAAGGGCCAUGGUAAUAUCUGUCCGUGUCCUUGUAUUUCACGUCCUCUGCUUUUGUUUAAUAAGGGAGGGGUGCUUAAUCCCACAUUGCUUCAUGAAAUAUGACACUAAUAAGCUUGCAUGUGCAGUUUGUGUUGCUCAACUAAUGUCCAUGUAUAGUAACUUCUUUCUCACACUAUUUGUAUGUCUGCAUGAUAAGUGAGAUUUCUCUUUAUGCGAAACAGAAGUAAUCAGAUGAUAACAAAAUAACAUUUACCUGAUAAUUUGAACUAAUGAAUAUCUCAUAUAACACUGGCUGCAAUUUAUCUUUUGGCAGUAACCAAAGAAGAAGAAAAUCUCAAAUGAGAGUACAAGAAUAACGGUCAUGUGUUUUGCGCGUAGGAGGUUUAGCUACUGCCAUACAUGUUUCAUGCAGUAUAUCUUGGUGUUUGCCAAUAUGUUACAAAACAUCUUCAGGUAACCAUUGGCCUUAUAGAUGUCUUCUAAGAGUACAAUAUAGUAUGUAUUUCAGAUAUACAACCACAGAAAAGCUUAUUGUCUGUCUCAUAUGGUAUCGGUAUUCUUAUUGUUAUGUCUGUUGUGUCAAUUUGGCACUUUAUUGUGUGACCUAUGACUGCAUAGGUUAAAUUUCUAAUUACUUGAGUAAUGUCAUACAUUUAUGUGUGUUCUCUGUGAGGCACAGCUGCCUAUGGAUAUAGAUAUGUGCCUCCAACAUGACAUCAUUUAAUUCAGAAAAAUAUAGAGUAGAUAUAUAGAGAAAUAUAUGUUUUAGAGUUGGUGUAAGAUAUAAAAAUAAUAUAAAAUAUAUAUGUGAAAUGCAUUUAUUUUCACUUGUCAUCAA